UUUUUGGUUGCUGCUGCUGCUCCGUUUCCUUUCCACGAAGACGGAGAGGUCUAGAAGAGCGAGGGAGAGAGCGAGCGGGAGCCGGAGAUGGCGAGGCCGAGGUGCUUCAUGGACAUCAGCAUCGGAGGUGAGCUCGAAGGCAGGAUCGUCGCCGAGCUCUACACCGACGUCGCCCCCAGGACCGCCGAGAAUUUCAGGUCUCUCUGCACCGGCGAGAAGGGCGCUGGUCCUCACACCGGCUUCCCGCUCCACUACAAGGGGGUUCGCUUUCAUCGUGUUAUUAAAGGAUUCAUGGUACAAGGUGGAGAUAUCUCUGCUGGCGAUGGUACCGGGGGAGAAUCUAUCUAUGGCUUGAAAUUUGAGGAUGAAAAUUUCGAACUGAAACAUGAAAGGAAGGGAAUGUUGUCAAUGGCAAACUCUGGCCCAAACACAAAUGGCUCCCAGUUCUUCAUCACAACAACUCGCACUUCCCAUCUGGACGGAAAGCAUGUUGUGUUUGGGAGGGUAGUCAAAGGAAUGGGAGUGGUCCGAUCGGUCGAGCAUGUUACAACCGAUGCCGGUGACUGUCCUACCGUAGAUGUUGCAGUUGCUGACUGUGGAGAAAUUCCUGCUGGAGCAGAUGAUGGCAUUAGAAAUUUUUUUAAGGAUGGUGAUACUUAUCCCGACUGGCCCGCUGAUCUUGAUGAGAGUCGUGCUGAACUUUCUUGGUGGAUGGAUGCUGUAGAUUCUAUCAAGGCAUUCGGGAAUGAAAAUUAUAAGAAACAAGAUUACAAAAUGGCACUCAGAAAGUACCGAAAGGCCCUGCGCUAUCUGGAUAUCUGCUGGGAGAAGGAAGGGAUUGAUGAAGUUGAGAGUUCAUCUUUGAGGAAAACAAAGUCACAGAUAUUCACCAAUAGUUCUGCUUGUAAAUUGAAACAACGUGAUCUUAAGGGAGCAUUGUUAGAUGCAGAAUUUGCAGUACGUGAUGGAGAGAACAAUGCAAAAGCUUAUUUUCGACAGGGACAGGCUCAUAUGGAACUUAAUGAUAUUGAUGCUGCAGCGGAAAGCUUCUCCAAGGCAUUAGAAUUGGAGCCAAAUGAUGGUGGGAUCAAGAAAGAGCUUAAUGCUGCCAAGAAGAAGAUUUUUGAGAGGCGCGAACAGGAGAAGGCAGCAUAUCGGAAGAUGUUUCCAUAACAGGUGCUUCACUAUUGCAGACGAAAGCACAAAGAGUCUUUGCAAACCAAACUGUAUAGAUUGGAGGCAGGGAUCAGAUCAAAAUUUUUAAUUGCAGUUAUAAUACAGUUGAAAUACAUUAGGAUAAGAGUUUUGUUUACACCCGGGGGGGAACAGUAAGGAAAUUGUGACUAGUCGUCGUUGCCCAAUUGGCAUGAGCAGGGAGGACUUUUUUGGAACUGGACAUUUUUUUAUUACUAUCUCGUCAUUUCGGUUAAA